GCAGCAAAGUCCGUUGCCAUAGCUACCCUGGCGAGAGGGCGAGACGGCUCACGUGACCCAGCAAGAUGGCGACCACAAUGCAGGAUGGAUGUGAAUGAUUCAAACUAAGCGGGUCCGUUUUGCCGGAAAUUUGGAUCUGCUGGUUAAUUGUUAAUCGUCAUAUCGGAGAAUCAAGAUGGCCCUGAAUGUCUUUGAUCAUGAUGAAUACAGGCCACCGGUGUGGAAGUCUUACUUGUACCAGCUCCAGCAGGAGGCACCUCACCCACGCAGAGUCACCUGCACCUGUGAGGUGGACAACCGACCUAAAUACUAUGGGAGAGAGUACCAUGGGAUGAUCUCAAGAGAAGAGGCCGACCAGUUACUGAGUCAGGCCGAAGGCAGCUACCUCAUCAGAGAGAGUCAGAGACAGCCGGGCACAUACACGCUGGCUCUAAGGUUUGGGAACCAGACGAGAAACUUCCGUCUCUACCAUGACGGGAAGCACUUUGUCGGAGAGAAGAGGUUCGAGUCCAUCCACGACCUGGUCACAGACGGCCUCAUCACGCUCUACAUUGAGACAAAGGCAGCGGAGUACAUCGCUAAGAUGACCAUAAACCCCAUCUAUGAACAUGUGGGCUACACCACCCUGAACCAGGAACCCACCCUGAAGAAACACCUGCCACAGAGCCCCGAAGCCCCCGAUGGACCUGCUCCAGCCAAAGACGACCGCAACGCAGAGGAGAGGCUCACAUCGCUGGUGCGGCGGGCCACCCUGAGGGAGAGCGACCUGGCGCCCAAGUACGAGAAGGUCCACAACUUCAAGGUUCAUACAUUCAGGGGCCCCCACUGGUGUGAGUACUGCGCCAACUUCAUGUGGGGUCUCAUCGCUCAGGGAGUCAAGUGUGCAGACUGUGGGUUGAAUGUCCAUAAGCAGUGCUCCAAAGUUGUGCCAAACGACUGCCAGCCGGACCUGCGGCACGUCAAGAAGGUGUACAGCUGCGACCUGACCACGCUGGUCAAAGCCCACAACACCAAGAGACCCAUGGUGGUUGAUAUGUGCAUACAGGAAAUCGAGGCUAGAGGUCUCCAGUCAGAGGGUUUGUACAGAAUAUCGGGCUUCAGUGAGCUGAUUGAAGAUGUCAAGCUGGCGUUUGACAGAGAUGGAGAAAAAGCUGAUAUUUCCUCGGGUGCUUACGAGGACAUCAACAUCAUCACUGGGGCCCUCAAACUCUACUUCAGAGAGCUGCCUAUCCCCCUCAUCACAUAUGAUGCCUACCCACGCUUCAUAGAAACCGCAAAGAUUACAGACCCAGAAAAACGGCUGGAGUCUCUCCACGAGGCCUUGAAGUUGCUGCCGCCAGCUCACUGCGAGACGCUGCGAUACCUCAUGGCUCACCUCAAGAGGGUGACCCAGUACGAGAAGGAGAACCUCAUGUCCAGCGAGAACCUGGGCAUCGUCUUCGGCCCGACGCUGAUGAGGGCCCCCGAGCUGGACGCCAUGACGGCGCUCAACGACAUCCGAUACCAGAGACUGGUGGUGGAAACGCUCAUUACCAACGAAGACGUGUUGUUCUGAGCGGAGGGGAGGGAAACUAUUCUUCUUCUGAGGAGGAGAGGAAGGACAGAGAGAUUGGGAAGAUGCUCAUGCAGUUUGCAUUGUCCUCUUGUGAAAAGAUGGAUGAAAAAGCGACCUGUUGACUUUUGACAAGAAAAUGAAGAAGAAACAUGCAAGAUACAUGAGACAAAAAGAACACUACCUGUUUCUGUGUGGAGCAAUGAAGGAAGUAGCUAUUUGCAAAGAAGGAAAAAAAACCCCUAAAAACCUGAGUGGACACUCUCAAAACACAUAACGGCUUUGAGGGAAGAAGUAGAUGGAAGGAUGCAGUGUUUCCCUACAUUUUAAAUGUAAAACAUUAGCAAAAAUUUAGUUAAACUCAAUCAACAAACUGGGAGCCUCUGAAAUUUCUGAUGUCAGAACUGUACAAAAAUUAAUAUCUGCAACACUGGGAAGGAAAAUUUUCCAGCCUUGGUCAAUAGAAAUAAACAGUUAUUAUCUUUCUUUAUGAACUGGGACAAAAGACAAAAGUUGCAUUCCACCAACACUACUUUGUUUAUGUAAGGGAAACACUGUGCGAUCCAUCUUUAUGUUAAGAUGUUCUCUUUCUUAAAUGGAUGCCUUGACAUUUUUUUAUUUUUAGUUCUCUUCACCGUACUUAUUUUAAGUCUCGCUGUUGGGGGAAAAGAAAACCAUCUACCUUGAAACCCCGGGGUUAGCAUUGUUACCAUUCACCACAGGAACCAAAUGAUACCGCUAGCCGCGAGCUAAUGAGAAAAGUGUCGCCUGGCGGUCCCCGGUGGUUUCAGUGGAAAAAUUGCAAGAAUGCCGCUUCCCCAUCAAUGCACUGGCCGGUGUUUUCCUCAGAUGCUGGCGGCGAGAAAUGUUUUUGUUUUCUUUAUUGUACGUGCCGUCAAGGUGUCCAUUUAAUCCUCCUCAAGAGAAGAAGAAGAAGAAAAAGAAGCACUGAUGUCGUAACAGCGGACAGCUGGAUGAAUGAAUGAAUCAAGGAAUGAAUGGAAAAAGUUAAUCACUCACCCAUAAUGCGCACUCAUUCCUCUCAGUGGAACUUAAGUGACUUGGACCUAUUGCGUUUUCUUUCCUUUUUUUUUUUUUUUUUAAAGCUUUUUCCUUACUUUAAAGCUCCCUCUUCUGCUCCAUUGACUGAUGUGUAAUUAUACAGUAAACCUACACUAACAGCAUUUUAGUUUUUUAGUUGCCGACAUAGAAAAAAGAGUGCCCACUAACCCUUUUUCGUGUCACAUUAUAAGCCUUUGCUUGAGAAAUGAUUUCCAGUUUUGUUGCUGUGUAAUUACACCCAGUGAUGGAGCUGUAAAUCAAAUAAUGACAUUUACUUUUCACUGUUUCAGAACCAAUCCUGUGCUCUCUCACUUUUGACACACCCACCUGACACACACCAGUAAUUGUCUGGCAGCUUUGUUUUCAUGUCAGAUCUCACUUAGACGGCUUUAGUUGUCGUACAUUACACCAGGGGCAGAUAGUGAAGAGAGGGACACAUCAUAAGUGACUUGAAACGUGAAGAUGUGAAACAGUGCUUUGUGUUGUUUUUGCCUUGGUUUGUCAUUUUUAUAAAGCAGUAUUGUAAUUAAGCAGUGUUAUGAAGCAUAUUUUGCGCUCAAAUUACUAAUUGAAAUUCUUGAUCGCUUGCCCGGAUGCAUUUGAAAAGACUGGAGCACACUAAUAAUAAAUCCCCAGUGGGAUCAUUCAAAGUGGGGAUGCACCAGUACCGACAGCGGUGCUUUUGAAGACCAAAUUCUUUGAAAAUUUAACGUCGUGUCCCAUCCUCCGAAAAACAUCAAAGCAAAGAAGUUCAAUAAAACAAAAGCGCAUAAUGUAAAUUACUCAGCAUUAGUGUUUGCAGUUAAAGUGGUAGAAGUGCUUCCCUUCCUCACCGUGCUGGUUGACGGUGAGGCCAUGUGGCGAUUCCAACGUUUCGAAUCCAGCUGCAACCAUUUCGUAUAACUGUGAAAGUGUGAGAAAUAAUAAUGCACUCAUACACGUGAGUGAGGAAGGCCAGUUGGAGUAGUUUUAGUUGAAGCCUUUUUGAUUUGUUUUCCUCUUUUACCGCUGCCUUCUACAGGCAGCCAGGUUUCACCUAAAUGCAAGUCAUUGUAAUCAAAUGCCAUACGGAUGACAGAGUUUCCUACAGAUGUGGGUAAUCAUAUUUAAUAUGAAGUAGUGUAUUUGCCAUGUUUUGUUUUUUUUUUCUUUUUUCUGUCUUUCUUUCAUUGAAACUAGUGCCAUUUGAAAGGGCGGGGGUGUAGAAUGGAUGCCUUCUGCAUGGACCUCCACCUCAACUAACCCACGCUAAACACCCUCUUCAUUCAUCUCUACCCCCAUUUCUGUCGGGGGUCACUGACUAACUGUUCCUAAUGCGUUUGAUUCGCAAAGCAGUGACAACCCACCAGGCUUCAAGGCCCAUUUCGCAAAGCAAAGUCAGAGUUACAGCUGUGAGAAUCAAGCGCACCCAUGCUGGGUUGGGUGUAACAUCAAGUGACACCAGCCUCCUUCAAGCAAAUCUUGAUUAUGUUUUGGUUUCUCGCUCGUUCUUUAGUUUUUACCUCCACCAAAGAGGUUUUUUGUCUUUCUGCGGUUUAUCUGUCGAUUUAUCAGCAGGAUUACACAAAAAGUACUGAACUGAUUUGCACCGAACUUGGUUUGAGGGAGGGGGCAUGGGCCAGGGCCAGGGUAGAACCCAUUACGUUUUGGGGCUGAUCCGGAACAUUUACUAAGAGUUUGAAUUUUUUUCCCUGAAGCCUGGUGUAUGUUGUUUGACAUUGGCCUUGGCGGAGGUAUGCGCUCCACUGAGCACCAUCCUAGUUGCCGUUUUGUUGACUUUCUGUUGUUUUAUUCCUCCCGGGGUGAAAUGUAACCCUGCUGAUUUAACCAUGUACUAACUCUACUAUCAGACUAAUCCGAUUACAACUUGUGAGCCUUCAGUGAUCUGUGACACUUGCUUUUUUUUUUUUUGUUUGUUUGUUUUUUGGGGUCAUCAUGAAAUGUAAUUUUUUUUAAUUAUUGUCAUUGCUGUAAAGUAUUUUCUAUAUGGUUUAUGCAUGGUGAAAUUAAAUUAUUAGAUAUGUCUUGUCA